AUGACGGGCGCUCCGCCAUACAACGCCCAGUCCCCGACUCAGCAGCAUCGGUUCCCUUCCUAUGAGUCCCCGAAUAAGAACCGCCCGUACUAUCCCAAUAAUGAGCAACCGCCUGCGCAACCGCAGCAACAGCAGCAAGCCUACCCACCACAGACACCCCCGGCCUUCGGUCCUCCCUCCGUGGCGCGCAGUCCUCGCUUUCCGCACGCGUCUUCGCCAAUGCCUGCAUCGAUCCCUCCGUCCUUGAACGGCGCGGCGGCGCCACCUCACCAGCCCCUUGGAGAGACAUCGCAGUACCAGGGUCAUCCCGCAGCUGGUACUCCUCAACUUGCGCUGCCGCGUCCCUUCUCUAGCUCUGUGCACCCAGGCAACGGCACUUCCCCCUAUGGUCCCUCGACACCACACGGCCACCCAACCAGCCGCCCAGAUGGCCAUUCACAGUCUCCCACCAGGGAAACCGAGUCGCCAUACCAUGUCAGAGGUAAUGGCGCUGGAUACGGUCCGAUGCAUCGGGAGUCUAGGCCAGCAUCCCCGCCUCGGGAAUCUAAGCCUGCCCGAGCUGCAGAUCCCAUGUCCUUCGCUAGCAUUCUAUCCGGACCAUCGGAUGAACACCCUGCAAAAAAGACGUCUCCUCCGCCUUCAUCGAUGGCAACGCCUUCGGCACACACACCUUCGCACUUUGAUCAACGGCGAGAACCAGGGCCAAUCCCGGGAACCUUCUAUCCCAAGUCGGAGAAAGGUCCGAGCAUGGAUAAUCAUCAUUUGGGACCUUCCAAGGGCCCAUUCGCUCCCAAUGGGAUUUUACGGCCCGGAUCGGACCAGUCGGCUACCAUCCCUCGUCCACCAGUGCGAAAACCUCUACCGCCUGGCGUUGAUGCUGAGCAAGUGAAUCGGGCUAUGGUAGAGAUUGACAAUGCCGAGAAGAGUGACGUUGAAGGUCCCGGCUUCGAGGGAGAGCUCAAUCGUUACCAGGAGAAAGCCAGCAAGCGCUCUAUUGAGAGCAGCCACGCUGAACAAGCGCGGCGAAAGCGACGUCGCAACGCCUUCCUGCUCGAUCUCGCUCGAUCGUUCGAAAAGCAGGCCAUUAUUGGAACAGAGCGAUUCCGCUCGCUCAACGAAGGCUCUGUCAUCGCUGAAGUUCAGCAGAAAGAAAUCCAGGACGAGAAGGAACGUAAGAAGGACAUGCAGCGAAAGCGUCGCCGUGAAAAUACCGUGCGUCUGGAAAUGCAGAAGAAAAUGGAGGCCGAGCGCAAGGCUGGCCAGACUGAGGACUCAGUGGAAAGGGAGAAGUUCCUCCGCGAAGCCGAACGGGCUCACAAGAAAAUCAAGUCCACCAAACGUGCUUUGGAAGGUGGAAUUGCCCAGGAGGAGCUCGGCGAGGUCACUCCGUUGCCUCCUAACUACGAAGGUGGCACCACUAGCUCAUUCCAUAUUGGCCGCUCAUCUCCUUCGCGCCGCAAAUCUGGACGUGGCGGUCCUGUUACCCGACCCAAGAAGUCCAGGGAACAAAAGCAGGCCGAGAAGGAUGCCGCUGAAGCGGCUUGGAACGCCGGAUUUGAUGACGAGUAUUAUACACCUCUCGACGCCCGCUAUUCCAAGGAGGGCACCCCCGUUCCAUUGCACUACGAUAGCAAGGGCUACAACCAGAUCUACGAGCAAAUAUGGCGUGACAUUGCUCGCAAGGACAUCCCCAAGGUCUAUCGCAUCAAGACCACGUCGCUUUCCACCCGUCAAGAGAACUUGCGCAAGACAGCCCAGUUAGCCAGCAAGCAGUCUCGCAAGUGGCAGGAGCGGACCAACAAGAGCACUAAGGAUACACAAGCCCGUGCCAAACGUACCAUGCGUGAGAUGAUGUCCUUCUGGAAGCGCAACGAGCGCGAGGAGCGUGACUUGCGCCGCUUGGCAGAAAAGCAGGAACUCGAGUCGGCGAAGAAGGCUGAAGCAGAGCGCGAAUCAAACCGACAGAAGCGCAAGCUCAAUUUCCUUAUCUCCCAGACUGAGCUGUACUCUCACUUCAUCGGUCGGAAGGUCAAGACUGCUGAAGCUGAAGCUGGAGAUGGUGUCACGGCCGCCGCCGGGGGUGAAGCCCACCACCCUAAUAUUCCCAAUGCCGACCCUAAUAUCAAGCCCACAAACUUCGAGGAUCUCGACUUCGAUGCAGAUGAUGAGACUGCCCUACAGCAGGCUGCUAUGGCAAAUGCACAGAACGCUGUGCAGCAAGCGCAGGACCGUGCCCGUGCCUUUAACCAGGAGCAGGGUGGAGACAAUAUGGCAGCCUUUGAUGAAGGCGAGAUGAACUUCCAGAAUCCAACCAGUCUCGGAGACAUUGAAAUCUCCCAGCCGACUAUGUUGACUGCAAAAUUGAAGGAAUAUCAGCUGAAGGGUCUCAACUGGCUUGUCAACCUAUACGAGCAGGGCAUUAACGGAAUCUUGGCAGACGAGAUGGGUCUUGGUAAGACCAUCCAGUCUAUUUCCGUCAUGGCAUACCUGGCCGAGUUCCACAACAUCUGGGGUCCGUUCUUAGUCAUCGCACCUGCGUCAACUCUGCACAAUUGGCAGCAGGAGAUUGCCAAAUUUGUUCCAGAUAUCAAGGUUCUGCCUUACUGGGGCAAUGCAAAGGAUCGUAAGAUUCUCCGCAAGUUCUGGGAUCGCAAACACAUCACCUACAAUCGCGACUCCGAGUUCCACGUGCUCGUGACCUCAUACCAGCUAGUUGUGCUUGAUGCGCAAUACUUCCAGAAGGUCAAGUGGCAGUAUAUGAUUCUUGACGAGGCGCAAGCUAUCAAGUCAUCUCAGAGUUCUCGAUGGAAGAACUUGUUGAAUUUCUCCUGUCGUAACCGGCUGCUGUUGACAGGUACUCCUAUUCAAAACAACAUGCAAGAGCUUUGGGCCCUGUUGCAUUUCAUCAUGCCCACAUUGUUCGAUUCUCACGACGAGUUCAGCGAAUGGUUCUCAAAGGACAUUGAGUCCCAUGCUCAGAGUAACACGAAGCUCAACGAAGAUCAGCUCAAGCGUCUCCAUAUGAUCUUGAAGCCCUUCAUGCUUCGUCGUGUGAAAAAGAAUGUGCAGCAGGAACUUGGCGAUAAGGUUGAGAAGGAUCUCUUCUGUGACCUGACAUAUCGCCAGCGUGCCAUCUACGCCAACCUUCGGAACCGUGUCAGCAUUAUUGAUAUCCUUGAAAAGGCGGCCGUGGGUGAUGAUAGCGAUACCACAACUUUGAUGAACUUGGUAAUGCAGUUCCGUAAGGUCUGUAACCAUCCCGAUCUUUUUGAGCGUGCAGAGACCAAAUCUCCGUUCUCCGCUGCAAGCUUUGCCGAAUGUGCCUCGUUUGUUCGUGAAGGCUACUUUGUCGACGUCCGUUAUUCGACCAAGAACCUCAUUGAAUAUGAAUUGCCGCGUCUUCUCUGCAGCUCGGCAGCUCGCGUCGACAUGCCCGGCCCCGAUAACGACCGUGCCGGUUUCCGGAACAAGUACCUUUCACACAUGAUGAAUAUCUGGACGCCAGAAAAUAUUCAGCAAAGUGCUCGCGAGAACGGUGCCUUUUCAUUUUUGCGAUUUGUCGAUACGUCUGCUGGAGAAGCCAGUGAACUGUCCCGCCUUGGACCUUAUGAGCGUGCCGCUCGGAAGAGAGGCCAGUCAAACCGCCUUUCUGCCCUCAAUGUCACCUACGAUGAUGAGAACACGGAUGCAAAUUCAAUUUUGGCGCAUUCCAUGCUCAACAUCGUGGACCGCAAUGAUCGGCAGGCUCUUCGCGAUAUCACCACCGAGGGCCGUAUGCGUAACUUGAUGAAUGUCUCUCGCUCGGCAUUCGAGGAUCAAGGUCUCAAUCUCAUCGAGCCUUGCUCUGUAAACGCUGCCUCGGCGCCACCAAUCACGCUCUCCUGCUCUGGUCAAGAGGCAGGUCGGGAAGCUCAGAGGACCAUGUUCAACCCAAGCUUGCGCCAGGCACUCUAUAACAUUACAUCUAGGCAGCUCGAAGAACAGAUUCUCACGAAAAAGCUCGAUCCCGCGCCUUACUCUAAACCGCCGAUGCUCCCGGCGCCUAUCUCUCAGAAAGCCCGCUAUACCAAUAUCGAAGUCCCUUCUAUGCGACGCUUCGUCACAGAUUCAGGAAAAUUGGCCAAGCUGGACCAGCUGCUUCGAGAGCUCAAGCCCGGUGGACAUCGUGUCCUAUUAUAUUUCCAGAUGACACGUAUGAUCGACUUGAUGGAAGAGUACCUCACGUACCGAAAUUACAAGUACUGCCGAUUGGACGGAAGUACCAAGCUCGAGGAUCGUCGCGACACUGUGGCAGACUUCCAAUCGAAUCCUGAAAUCUUCGUGUUCCUGCUCUCCACUCGUGCUGGUGGUCUCGGUAUCAACUUGACAGCUGCAGACACUGUCAUCUUCUACGAUUCUGAUUGGAACCCUACCAUCGAUUCCCAGGCCAUGGAUCGUGCACAUCGUCUUGGUCAGACCAGACAAGUCACCGUCUACCGGCUCAUCACCCGGGGUACAAUCGAAGAGCGAAUUCGGAAGCGCGCCCUACAGAAGGAAGAGGUGCAGCGCGUCGUCAUCACUGGUGGUGCCGCUGGCGGCGUCGACUUCAACACCCGUGCCCGCGAAAACCGCACCAAGGACAUUGCUAUGUGGCUUGCCGACGACGACGAAGCCGCGUUGCUCGAGAAGAAGGAGAAAGAGGCGCUCGAGCGCGGCGAGACUCUCGGAGCUCCCAAGGGCGGUAAGAAGGCUGCUCAAAAGCGAAAGCGGGAUCUCACUUUGGACGACAUGUACCACGAAGGCGAGGGCAACUUUGACGACCAAAGUGCCAAGCAGUCAGGCGCCGCAACACCGCUAUCCGAGAAUGUGGACACCCCACCAGCGCCCGCCGCCAAACGAGGCCGAGGCCGCGGUCCAGGCAAAGGCACCUCCAAGCGCGCAAAGACCACCAAGGAGCGUCUGCGCCUCAUUGACGGUGACGGCGGGUUAGAUUAA